CCCAGCCCAGCCUGGCAGGGACCGAGAUCGGGGUGUGCGCGAACCCGGACGGUGUGACACUGCCGGUGGGGGGCAGCAUGCCGGUGCCAACAGCGUACUUCCCCCUGACCAAUGGAUCGGUCAUGUCGUGGCCAGUGCCGCAGUACUGGGCCUACAACACCUCCGCCGUGCGCGCCAAGCAGACCAGAUUCGUCGAGGACGACCUCUUCGGCUCUGUCGCCUCCUGCAAUGCCUCCCUCGGGUCGAGCAUGGCGAUCGAGGGGGUGAAGUGGGGCGCCACAGGGCCAUUUGCGUUCAACGUGUGGGUGAAGCAGGGCAGCCGCGCGGGUGCCAUGUUCCAGUACGUCAUCUCCACUCGCUCGCGCGAUCUCGGCAACGUCACCGAUGACAACAUCUUCUACCCCAACCAGAUGCACCUGUACCUGCCCUCAGAGGACCACCCCGCGCAUGACACAGUGCGCGCCAUCGUCAAGGAUAGCACCGACAGCUUCAACGGCGACAGCUCCCGAGUCUUCGUGGACUCUGACGGCGUGCUUGCCUCAAACACUGAACGCACCUCCAUCCGCACGCCCGUGCUGGGCGCCUGGCACAUGCUCACAGUCACCACCAUGCAGGACGGCUCCCCGGGCUAUCGGCUGUACGUGGACGGCAUCUUCCGCGCGGCGCUGACGGCGCCGCAGGACUACUUCCAGAUAAACGGCGGCCGGCCCAUCUACGCGGACGGCCCCAUCGUGCUCUGCGACCGCGCCGACCACUUCCCCGGUCGCUCCUACGAUGGCAAAAUCGCGCAGCUCUCCAUCUACGACGCCGCCCUCACCGAGAACAACAUCGCGCUGCUGUACGCGGCAGUGGCGGGCGCGAUGCCCGACUACAGCAAGAGCCCCUCCGCGCAGAAGGCGGCCCUCGCAGGGCUGACGCCAGCUUCCGCGCCGGCUUCCGCAGCAGCUUCCGCGACAGCUUCCGCCCCUGAGCAGAGCGUCGCCGUGCCGCGAUCGGCGCCGACAGCCAUCACACGCGACACAGAGACCCUCUCCUCAACGCAAAGCACGGACGGCAGCCAGGGUGUCAGUGCAUCUGGCGGCGGCGGCGGAGGAGGCAACGCCGCGGCACCCAAGCCCGCGCUGAGAUCGGCGGCCGGCUCGCAGGGCGGCCCCGUUGUGCCCAACCCCGCCGACCAGCGGCCAGUGGUGACGGGGACGGCUGCGGACCAGAGCAGCGUGCGCGUGAACAGCGCGUCCGUUGACAGCGGCCCCAAGCUGGCGCCUGCGGCCAUCGUUGGAAUCGUGGUGGCGGCUGUGGUGGUGGUUGCAAUCUUGGCGGGAGUGGCGGUGUUUGUGACUCGGAAGAGGCGGCAUGGCGGCAACUGGAGGAAGGAGCAGCUGGAUGGUGAGGGUGGUGCAGGCGCCAGCGCAGCGCAGCACACCAGCUUCCCAGACGGCCAGGACGUGCCCAAGAGGGCCUCCCCGGACAAGUCCAAGCUGUUCACGGGCGCCCCCUCCUCCCACAGCUUUGAUGUAGAGGCCCACUCCGCCCUCUGAGAGGUCUCUUUAAAGACCCUGGGGUACUUCAAGUACCGCAAUUUGGCAGAAUGACAGUUGUCCUGCAGGUAGUUUGAAAUAAAAAUUCACAUCUCAAGUUGAUUGUAUGGUGCCGCAAAGGGGGCAUGCGCUUUUUACACGCUAAGUGACACGACCCUGCAAAUGGCAGAUUAGCAGAAUGCACAAGCAUCUUUUUGGGCGCUGCAUGAACAAGACAUAUUCUCUCUGCUAGAAGGCACCAAGAAUUCAUUACGUUGUACACAGGCACUAGGGGGCGCCAACAGGUCUGAGAAUGUGCAAGCAUUCUAUUUUUGCUGCCUACGAUUUCUAACUUUAGGUUGAUAGUACCUAUUGCAUAUCUGCGGCACUCUGUGGGAAUAGGAAACGCGAGGUUUGGUUAUUGCUGCAUGUUGAGGACUCAUUGCAAGCAAUGCAGAGAAUCUGCGCGAUGUAGGCUUACCGUGUAGAUUAAGAAUUUUGCGACUCUCGGGAUGAUAGACAGGAGAGGCGUGUUGCAAUUGAGUGAAGGGAUGUUGGUGCUGUUGACAUCAAGAAUGCAAUAACGGCACAGUACUGUACAUGGAUGUGUGAGUGCACUGGAUGUAUAUCAUGCACAUCAUAUGACAGUGCACUUGCCACAUUUUAAUGCUCAAGUCUCUAUUCGG